AACAGGUCGGAAGUUGUAUUUCCAGAGAUGACGUUCCCGGUCCGCACUGGUCUAUGUUGCCGACCGUACAAAGGUGUGUUAUGGAGUGAUGGCGUCUCCUCGUCCGAAAUCACCGCGACCACCAAUUUCCGCGAAAAAGGAUGACAAGGAAGAGAGUUUUUGGGACAAGAUUGGAACCCUAGGCCGAAAGAAGCGAAUCAAAGAAGUGCAAGAAGUUCAAGAAGAAGGAAAAUAUGCCAUUGACUCACCGGGAUACGCGGCUAAUCCGGAAAUGCCACCGGAAGAGUAUGCGCUGGAUGAAAACGAGGAGCGUUCCAUGAUAGAGCCCAGAUCACUGGAAGAUUCUAAGCUGAAGGAGCUGAUAUUCGUUUUGAUCGAAUGGAUCAACGAUGAAUUGGCGGACCAGCGUAUUAUCGUAAAAGAUAUCGCGGAAGAUCUUUAUGAUGGGCAGGUAUUACAGAAGCUUUUAGAGAAAUUGACGGGAGAGAAGUUGGAUGUUCCCGAAGUUACUCAGUCCGAGGAAGGACAGAAACAGAAAUUGGCAGUCGUUUUGUCGAGCGCCAAUCGUGUAUUGGGACGUUACCCGCCGUACAAAUGGAGCGUAGAAUCGGUUCAUUCGAAAAACAUUGUUGCUAUUCUUCAUCUACUGGUGGAUCUGGCGAGGCAAUUUCGCGCGCCGAUCAGACUACCGGAAAGAGUUGCAGCGCAAGUUGUAGUUGUGCGUAAGACAGAUGGUCAACUGAUACAUAGAACGAUCAGGGAAGAAAUUACAUCGACGUACGAUGAUUUAGGAAUGCGUUGCGAGCGCGAUGCUUUUGACAAGCUUUUCGACGAUGCGCCCGAUAAGCUUGCUGUCGUUAAAAAGUCCCUGAUUACUUUUGCCAACAAACACCUGAGCAAAGUGCACUUGGAAGUGACUGAUUUGGAUACACAAUUUCACGAUGGAGUUUUUUUAACCCUUUUACUUGGACUUCUCGAAGGAUUUUUCGUGCCUCUCGGUAGUUUUCAUUUGACUCCUAAAACGCACGAUCAAAAGGUACACAAUGUUUCGUUUGCUUUCGACAUCAUGCAAGAUAUCGCACUGCCGAAGCCGAAAGCCCGACCAGAGGAUAUCGUAAACUUGGAUCUAAAGUCAACGUUACGAGUAUUGUACAACUUGUUCACCAGAUACAAAAGCAUGAACUGAAGCAGAGAAUGACGUGAUAAGAGGAAUAUACAAGCUUGAGGUUACAAAAAAUGCCGAACUAUUAACACUGUGAUCAUGGAUCUUACUAAGGAUACUAAUCAAAGAGUAUAUUCAAUGCUCGGAUAAACGUCUCGUUAAGAAUUUAAAAACUUUAUACUUGCCUAAUAAAUUUGACACA